UGUGUACCUAAAAACUUAUGUCUCCCUCGGCCAAGGGGGUGGAGUGUAAGGUAAAAAUGGAUGUGCUUUGGUCAAGAACAGGCUGAGGCAGAUAUGCAGGCCAGUGUGACUCAGCGAGUCUCGAACGCAGGCGCACCACUCCACUUGUUAUAUAACCUGUUUGUGUAAGCUCAUACUUGGCUCACAGCCACUAUUGUGUGUAAAUGGUAUAACUGCCCUGCUGACACUGUACAUAGGACUCAUGCCCAGAGAGAGAGGGAAAAACUACUGACCUUGGAAGAGAGAACUGGCCGUCUUGCAGACCGACAGAGGGGAGCCAGGAAUUAACAAGUGUGCCAAGGAGUACAGCUCCCCAAGUGUUCUUUCAACUAUCUGCCACCUAUCCAACAACUCCCCUCGGACCUCAGUAUGGGCUGGAACCUGACACUUGGCAUGACAGUGACUUUGGGAUUCCAGAAGACAGAGGUUUGAGAGUAAAAAACGAAAUAACAAGACCACAACAGAAACAACUCUGUAUUCUCGUCCCCACUAUUACCAUCUCCCCUUUGUGAUGUCAAAGAGACCAGAGGAAGUGGACAGACUAGGAGAAGCAUAGGUAAGUAUUAGAGACAGAAAAAGUAUGAAAUCUCUUCUGUAUGGACUAACAAUAGUGAUGCCAUUUUACAACCUUGAUGACUGUGUUCUCAAGAAACAAAGCAAAUGUUAACCCUGCUCUCAGCUUCAACAGAGCAUAACAGCCCUAACCGCAACAGAGCCGAAUGACCCUAACCACAUCUGUCCCCAGUUGGAAAGUCUGCAAACAGUUCCAACUGGCCAGCACUUCCCCAACCCCUCCCCAAUAGGAAAUUUAUUAUAAAAGCCUCAGCUUGUAAGCGAUCAGAGUAUCAGCCAGAUUCCUGACUGGAACUCUUCGCAGGCUUAUUCCUGUGAAUAAACCUGUUUGGCCGUGGAAUUGCCUCCUGUUACUCGCUCUCUUCCUUUAUAUCUUCCUAACACCUUCCAGCUCUAAUGUUUUGCGUCUCGAUGACCAUCUAGCUCCCAAAUGCUGGGGGCCGCUCCCCAUAGAAAUCCCUCGCCGCAUUUCUCCGCCUCGUAACCAGUGAGGCUGGGAUUUUUGGCCCCGGGUUUUGCAAUAAGGGAGUCACCAAGAUGCAGCCACCUCUGGAAUUCCUAGAAAGGAAAGAGUUGCCUGGCUUCAGCCAGUGGGCUCAGAACGGCUGACGCAUUUCCGGCCUUUGCGGUUGAUCGGUCAUUGGGGUGCUGCAGCCCUGCCACCUGUUCCGUAGCUUCCCGGUGCCCCGAAGGUGAGUCUUGGUCCCUGGUCGCGACCCGCCAGGCUCCCGGAACAUUUCAUGUCUGUGCCUCGAAGUAGGCGGGGAGGGAACGUCUGCUCAGGCGUGACCCACGCCCCUACACAUUCACUGGCCUGAAGUCCCGGUGGAGUAGGUGGAGGUCCCGCCCCUGAUCCUGAAGGUUAAACAGCCUUUCCUUGUCUGAGAUAACGCCCGGAGCUCUUUGUCCUGCCUCCAAGACGAUUAAGGAGCGCAGACACAAAAGGUGUCUUCUAAGGAAGAUUAAAUCAGACAAUUUUAAAUCACAGUUAUCCUUUCACCUAAAGCCAGAGUGAGCCUUCUAAAUUAACCCCAGGAAUGGCUUCAAAAGAGGAACAGUACGAUCUUAAGAUUGUGAAAGUGGAGGAAGACCCUAUCUGGGAUCAAGAAGCCCACCUUCGAGUGAACAACUUUUCUGGCCAAGAAGCCUCCCGACAACUUUUUAGGCAGUUUUGUUACCAAGAGACUCCUGGUCCCCGAGAAGCUCUGAGCCGGCUCCGAGAACUUUGUCAUCAGUGGCUAAGGCCAGAAAUCCACACCAAAGAGCAAAUCUUGGAGCUGCUGGUGCUGGAGCAGUUCCUGACUAUGCUGCCUGAGGAGCUCCAGGCCUGGGUGCGGGAGCACCAUCCAGAGAGUGGGGAGGAGGCUGUGGCUGUAGUCGAAGAUCUGGAACAAGAGCUUAGUGAGCCAGGGAACCAGGCUCUAGACCAUGAACAUGGACAUUCUGAAGUGCUCUCGGAGGAGGUGGAACAUCUGAAGGUCAAGCAGGAACCAACAGACAUCCAGCUUCAGCCUAUGGUGACACAGCUCAAAUAUGAAUCUUUUCGCCUCCACCAAUUUCGAGAACAAGAUGGUGAAAGUACACCUGAGAACCAGGAGUUGGCAUCAAAGCAAGAAAUCUUAAAAGAAAUGGAACAUUUGCGGGAUAGCAGACUCCAAAGAGACGUAUCUUUGGAUUCUAAGUACAGAGAAACUUGUAAACAAGACAGCAGGGCAGAAAAGCAGCAAGGACAUUCCACUGGAGAGAGACGCCACAGGUGCAAUGAAUGUGGGAAAAGCUUCACUAAGAGUUCAGUACUCAUUGAGCACCAGAGAAUCCACACUGGGGAGAAGCCAUAUGAAUGUGAAGAAUGUGGGAAGGCCUUCAGCCGGAGGUCAAGCCUGAAUGAACAUCGGCGGAGCCACACUGGAGAGAAACCCUAUCAGUGUAAGGAGUGUGGGAAAGCCUUCAGUGCCAGCAAUGGCCUCACUAGACACAGAAGAAUCCACACAGGGGAAAAACCAUAUGAAUGCAAAGUGUGUGGAAAGGCUUUCCUUCUCAGCUCAUGCCUUGUUCAGCAUCAGAGGAUACACACUGGAGAGAAGCGCUAUCAGUGUCGUGUGUGUGGCAAAGCCUUCAUUCAGAAUGCAGGGCUUUUCCAGCAUCUCCGAGUCCACAUUGGUGAGAAACCCUAUCAGUGCAGUCAGUGCAGUAAACUCUUUAGUAAGCGGGCCCUUCUUAAGAAACAUCAGAAAAUCCACACUGGAGAGAGAACAUGAGUGUGAUGAGUUUGGAAAAGCCUUCAGUCAACAUUGCAACCUUAUUAGGCAUUUUAGAAUCUGUACUGUUCCACCAGAACUAGACUAAUUCUGUGGACCCUCAGACCCCUAAAUGGGGCCAUCUUGGAAAGUAAGAUUUUCAAGUGGCUUAUUCUGUUCACAUAAAAUUUAUUUUGCAUUGCAGUGAACCACUUGUCUACAAACCAGGUGUUGGUGCCUCCUGUGUGGAUGACUGUGAUUGUAGGGGGUUGCUGGGUGGCCUUCUUAUUCCCUAUCCUUUGGUCCAUUUCUAAUGAUUUCCUUUAAAGGGACCAAAUCUUAUCUGGAAAUAAAUUGUUAUGGAGGGGCUGUUUUUGAGCAAUACUGAGCAUUGAACAAUUCUAAAAGACCAGUAUCUAUGUAUACUUUUUAAAAAAAGAUUGGCUAAAAUCAAAGGAUAUUCAGAGGUGCAUCUUUUUCUGUAAGAGUGACGUUUUAAACAAACAUAAGGUUUUUGGGAAUAAGAAUCGUCCACAUUCCCACAGGAAAUCAUUGCUAUGGUCUCCCCUAGGAAUGUGAUAGAUAGCUUCUGUAAGCAGCAUUAUCCAUAGUAUAAAACCUGUAGUUUUAAUGGUUUAGAAAUCUAUGUCUCGGCCAGGCGCGGUGGCUCACGCCUAUAAUCCCACCGCUUUGGGAGGCCGAGGCAGGCGGAUCACGAGGUCAGGAGAUCGAGACCAUCCUGGCUAACAUGGUGAAACCAC